AUGUCCGCCUACAAGGGGCAUCGCGGGCCCAACGUGUCCCAGUACAUCGCGAACUUGAACCAACUCUCCCCACCAAGCCAGGAACUACUCGUCGAGCCGCCACCCGUCGAAGAAGACUUCUCCGCCUUCCUCAACGCCGACUUCUUUGACGUCAACACCGGCCGCCACGUCCCUGUCGACUUCACUUCUCCCAUUGACUUCGACGUCGACAUCGACGCAGAGCAAACUCAGCCGUCAAAGAGCGGUGCGACACUUCCGCCCUCAACCGAGAACACUAGCGCUCCGCCCAACAUGGACUUCAACUUGAAUGGCGACUUCCAGUUCACCGACUUCAACAACUUUGGCCAAAACGCAAUCCUCGAUCCUGGCAUGCCAGCUCUGCCUCAGCCAAACCACUACCCGCUGCCCACCACAUACCCCUCGUCUACCUCUUCGAUAUCUCCUGUCACACCAGGCUUCGACCAGGCCUCCAAGAAGCGCAAGCUCGACGAUGAUAUCCCGCUCGAACAUCUCGACGAGAACGCCCGCGUUGCUGCAGAGGAGGACAAGCGUCGCCGCAACACAGCCGCCAGCGCCCGCUUCCGCGUCAAGAAGAAGCAGCGUGAGCAAGCCCUCGAGAAGACCGCCAAGGACAUGUCCGACAAAGUCAACCUCUUGGAAGUUAGGAUCCAGCAACUCGAGACGGAGAAUGCCUGGUUGAAGGGCCUCAUCACGGAGAAGAACGGCGGCAAAAGCUCUACGAGCGAACUGAGGGCGCUGAUAAGUAAGCACGAGGAGGCCAACAACGGCCGGAGUAGCGCUACGCACACCGACGGCGUAGGCACCAAGGCUUAG